ACUGACUUUGCUUUCUUCCUCUCAUAUCUGAUUACCGUGAACAUGUCGGAAUAGACGAAGCGAACCUCCGUUUGGCCGCCGGCUUGUGGGGCCGUCCCGAGCCGUCAUCUGCGGCCGGAAAAUUCCCCAGGAUUGUGAGCCGACGACCAAAACACCAACCGCAUCCGAUCACCACUGCCCCCACGCCGACUCCUGUUACCGAACCCGCCGUCCAUGCGCCUCCUCCACCGAUGCCUCUCUCGACGGCCCCUCUUCCUCCGUUGCGGUAGCCUCCCGCUCCGCAGCCGUAGCCGGUCCCUCGUCACCCUCGCCAUCGAGACGUCCUGCGACGACACAGGCGUCGCCGUCCUCCGCCACUCGCCGCAGUCGACGGACCUCCUCUUCAACGAGCGCAUCUCGUCCGACAACCGCGCCUUCCGUGGAAUCCACCCCCUUGUCGCAGUCCGGAGCCACAGCGAGGCGCUGGCGCCGCUUGUUCGCCGUGCGCUGGCCGCCCUCCCGGAUGCGGCCGAGGCAACGGAUGGACACGGCGGCGACGGCGGGGGCAGCGCACGCGUGGCAGUUUGCUUCACCGAGGACGGUGUGCGCAAGCAGGUGCCGGACUUUGUCGCGGUGACGCGAGGACCGGGGAUGCGCUCGAACUUGGGCAUCGGGCUGGAUAUGGCAAAGGGCCUGGCUGUUGCGUGGGGAGUGCCGUUGGUGGGCGUGCACCAUAUGCAGGCGCAUGCGUUGACGCCGAGGUUGGUGAGGGCGCUGGGGAUGAGCAUGGGAGAGGCUGAGAUGGAGGCUGAGAUGGAGGCUGAGACGGAGACGGAGACGGAGACGGACUCGAAGGACAUCAACUCGAAAGACAGCAGAGGCCACCGGACAGGACCACACUUCCCCUUCCUCUCCCUCCUCGUCUCGGGCGGCCACACACAGCUCAUCCACUCGGCCGGCCUCACCGACCACUCGCUCAUUGCCACGACAGGCGACAUCGCCAUUGGAAACCUGCUUGACCAGACGGCCCGCGAUAUCCUCCCGCCCGACGUCUUCGAGGCAAGUGACCACGUCAUGUACGGCCGGCUGCUCGAGGCCUUUGCCUUUCCUCCUCCGGACUCCGCCGCAACCUCCGAGUCCGGCUCCGGCUCCGGCGUCAGCUCCGGGUCUCCCCCCUCCCCCUCCGUGACCGCCGCUUACGACACCGUCUUCACGCCUCCGGCCUCCCGUGCCGCCGAAAUGACACCCCCUCAAACAGGCUACCCUUGGACCAUCCCCCUCCCCUUCCGCCAGUCCCGCAAGCUCGCCUUUUCCUUCAGCAGCAUCUACACCGACGUCCACAACAUCGCCACCGCCUCGUCCUCCUCGAUGGACAUCCCCGAGCGCCGCGCCCUCGCCCAGCACACCAUGAUGGCCGCCUUUACGCACCUGGCCGGCCGUCUCUGUGUCGCCCUCGAGGACCGCCCCGAGCUGCAGAGCGCCCGCACACUCGUCGUGGCCGGCGGCGUGGCGAGCAACAAGUUCCUGAUGCAUGUGCUGCGCCGCACGCUGGCCGUGCGAGGGUUCGGUGACAUGGACAUUGUGGCGCCGCCCGUGGAACUGUGUACGGACAACGCCGCCAUGAUUGCGUGGACGGGCAUGGAGAUGUUCCAGGCGGGCUACGAGUCAGAGUUGUCCAUCACGAGUAUCGGCAGGUGGCCGAUGGACCCCGAGCAUGGAGAGGGAAUACUCGGCGUGGAUGGGUGGGUGAAGAGAGUCGUGCGUGAGUGA